AUUUUGCUUUUGAUUUUAUUUGCAGAGAACUUACUCGGUUGUCCUGAUGGCCGUUGUGGACAGCCAGUACCUCUUUAGGCUCAUAGACGUUGGCGCCCCUGGGAGACUAAGUGAUGGAGGCAUAUUCAAGGACUCCCCCAUUGGAACGAGGCUGGAAAAGGGUGAACUGGGCUUUCUAAGGGCUGCUCAACUGCCAGCAUCUUCCAAAAGUUCCCCUCAUGUCUUCAUUGGGGAUGAGGCCUUUCAGCUCCGGCCUGAUUUCAUGAGACCUUUGCCAGGCAGCCGGACCGAGGCAAAGGACAUAGUGUUCAACUAUCGUCUUAGCCGUGCAAGAAGGUGCGUGGAAAAUGCUUUUGGCAUUCUUGCGUCAAGGUGGCACAUCUAUCAAAAGACGAUAGAUCUGAGUCCAAAAAACGUUGACAGUGUAAUUAAGCCCACAUGCGUGCUGCACAAUUUCUUGUGCCUUGAAUGCAACGGAGCCGAUCACUACUGCCCUCCUGGAUAUGCUGACUCUGAGGACACCUUUGGGAAUCUUCGUGAAGGAGUCUGGAGGCAAGACAACGCAGCCACUGCGAUGCUUCCGAUACAAGGCACAAGGGCGCGAAAGAGCUCGCAAAGCGCAGCUGUUGUGCGCUCUGUCUUUAUUGAUUUCUUUUUCAAUGAAGGACAGGUACCACGGCAGUGGAACCAGCCAGAAAUUCAGUGAUAUUUUUGCCACUGAGUGCCUAUUUCUUCAUUUCAUUUUACUGGUCUAAAUCAUGAAACGCUAACCAUGUGCUUUAUUUUUAUGCAGUUUCUAGUAGCCCUGGCAUUUGUCAUUUGUGCAAGUUCGUGCACAAGUUUCCUUUAUGCAUUCCCUCCGUCUUUCUGUUUCAUUCUUUUAUUGGCCUAUUGCUGUACAUUUUAUCUACCUAAUCAGAUCAUGUAUAGUUGUUUGUACCUAGGAAAUG